GUUUUUGGCUGGACAGCUGCGCUCUUCUCUUUCCACUUUUUUUUUUAUUCUAUCAUGACCUCCAACUACGUUCUUGUCACCGGUGGAGCCGGAUAUAUUGGCUCUCAUACUGUUGUUGAACUGUUGAACAAGGACUACAACGUCGUUGUCGUUGAUAAUCUGUACAAUGCUUCCUACGAAGCUAUCCGCCGUAUUGAGAAACUCACUGGAAAGAAGGUUAACUUCUUCCAGUGCGACAUCCUUGAUGGCCCUGGCCUUCGUAAAGUGUUCAGCCAAUUCACUUUCUCAUCCGUGAUCCACUUUGCUGGUUUGAAGGCUGUUGGUGAAUCCACCCAGAUCCCACUAGACUACUACCACAACAAUAUCAAUGGCACCAUCACACUUCUCCAAGUUAUGAAGGAAUUCAAUGUCAAGAACAUUGUGUUCUCCUCUUCGGCCACUGUCUACGGCGAUCCACCCAUUAUCCCCAUCCCCGAAACAUGUCCUACCGGCUCCACCAAUCCUUACGGCCGCACCAAGUUGUUCAUUGAGCACAUCAUUCGCGAUCUUUGCACUGCCGAGAAGGAAUGGAACGCUGCUUUGUUGCGUUAUUUCAACCCCGCUGGCGCUCACCCCUCUGGCAUCAUGGGCGAGAACCCAACUGGUAUCCCCAACAACUUGAUGCCUUACCUUUCACAAGUUGCCAUUGGCAAGCGUGAGGAGCUCAGCGUCUUUGGCGAUGAUUAUAAGACCAGAGAUGGUACUGCUAUCAGAGAUUAUAUUCACGUUGUCGAUCUUUCACUGGGUCAUUUGGCUGCUUUGGAAAAGCUGAACGUCAACCCUGGUUGCGUUGAAUAUAACCUUGGUACUGGCCACGGAUCCACUGUUUUGGAAAUGGUUCGUGCUUUCAGCAAGGCUGUUGGUCGGGACCUCCCUUAUAAGAUCUGCCCCCGUCGUGCUGGUGAUGUGACCAACCUUACUGCCGAUCCCCGUAAAGCUAACUCUGAGCUUCAGUGGAAGGCCGAGAAGUCAUUGGAAGAAAUGUGCCAGAGCUUGUGGGACUGGCAAAGCAAGAACCCUGAAGGUUUCGAAGGUUGCGACCCUAAUCCUCCUGCUGAAUGCAUUAUUACCCAGAAAUAGACCACAAAAAGUUCCCAAUUGUCCGUUAUAUCAAUCUAUUCUCCUCUAGAUCAGUCUAGAUUUCGUUUACGAAUGUAGUUUUAUCUCUUUUACUUCAACUGGCUUGUUUUCGUUGUUUAAUGGGAUGGUGCUGUCCAUGCUUUGCGUGUGUCGAAGUAUGGUCGGAAAAGGGAAGGUGAUGGAAAGGCCGUUUUCAGGGACAGUGUACCAUGUACUUAAAGAAAUAACAAUUUAUCCGAACAGUAUUGUUUGAAUUAUAAUUCAAGA